ACAAGCGAACAGCACGCAAGUGAACAGUACGCAAGCAAACAAACCAGUAAGGAAGUGAGUGAUUGAAGAAAGUCGCGCAAAUCUACACGUGAUAUUUGAAUUUGAUUACACGAUUGGACGAAAUCAACCACAAUUUAAGUGAACAACGAGUCCUGAAGUACAGUCGUGAAAGGUUGAUUCGUUUGUGAAAAUCCUACACACAUUCGGCAAAAAUAAAAACUAUACCCCCGUCAACAUGCCAUCUGCGAUCGGUAUUGAUCUGGGCACCACGUAUUCGUGCGUGGGUGUGUUCCAGCACGGGAAAGUGGAAAUCAUUGCCAACGACCAGGGCAACCGGACGACGCCGAGCUACGUCGGCUUCACGGACACGGAGCGACUGAUCGGGGACGCGGCCAAGAACCAGGUCGCCAUGAACCCAACAAACACGGUGUUCGAUGCGAAGCGGCUGAUCGGACGCAAGUACGACGACCCGAAGAUCCAGGCCGAUUUGAAGCACUGGCCGUUCACGGUGGUGAACGAUGGCGGCAAGCCGAAAAUACGGGUCGAGUUCAAAGGUGAGCGGAAAACGUUCGCUCCAGAGGAGAUCAGCUCGAUGGUGCUGACGAAAAUGAAGGAAACUGCCGAAGCGUACCUGGGCCAGUCGGUCAAGAAUGCGGUCAUCACGGUGCCAGCCUAUUUCAACGACAGCCAGCGGCAAGCCACGAAGGACGCCGGCGCCAUCGCGGGGCUCAAUGUGAUGCGAAUCAUCAACGAGCCAACGGCGGCCGCCCUGGCGUACGGUCUGGACAAGAACCUGAAGGGAGAGCGCAACGUGCUGAUAUUCGAUCUCGGCGGCGGAACGUUCGAUGUCUCCAUUCUGACCAUCGACGAGGGCUCCCUGUUCGAGGUGCGGGCCACUGCCGGCGACACACAUCUUGGAGGCGAAGACUUCGACAACCGGCUGGUGGGCCACUUCACCGAGGAGUUCAAGCGCAAAUUCAAGAAGGAUCUGUCCAAAAAUGCGCGCGCACUGCGCCGUCUGAGGACGGCCUGUGAGCGGGCCAAGCGAACGCUCUCCUCCAGCACGGAGGCAACGAUCGAGAUCGACGCGCUGAUGGAUGGCAUCGACUACUACACCAAGAUCAGCCGGGCGCGCUUCGAGGAGCUCUGCUCGGACCUGUUCCGUUCCACGCUGCAUCCGGUGGAGAAGGCACUGUCGGAUGCGAAGAUGGACAAGAGCUCCAUCCACGACAUCGUGCUGGUGGGCGGCUCGACCCGCAUCCCGAAGGUGCAGUCGCUGUUACAGAACUUCUUUUGCGGUAAAGCCCUCAACCUGUCGAUCAACCCCGACGAGGCGGUGGCGUACGGUGCAGCAGUGCAGGCGGCCAUUCUGAGCGGCGACAAGGACGAAAAGAUCCAGGACGUGCUGCUGGUCGACGUGGCUCCACUGUCGCUCGGAAUAGAAACGGCCGGCGGCGUGAUGACGAAGCUGAUCGAGCGGAACUCGCGCAUUCCGUGCAAGCAAACGCAGACCUUCUCGACCUACGCGGACAACCAGCCGGGCGUGUCGAUCCAGGUGUUCGAGGGCGAGCGAGUUAUGACGAAGGACAACAAUCUGCUUGGUCAGUUCGACCUCUCGGGCAUUCCGCCGGCUCCACGCGGGGUGCCAAAGGUCGAGGUGACCUUCGAUCUGGACGCGAACGGAAUCCUCAACGUUUCGGCGAAGGAAAUGAGCACUGGUAAGGAGAAAAACAUCACGAUCAAAAACGACAAGGGCCGCUUGUCGCAGGCGGACAUCGAUCGCAUGUUGUCCGAAGCUGACAAGUUCCGCGAGGAAGAUGAGAAACAGCGCGAACGCAUCGCCGCUCGCAACCAGCUCGAGGCGUACUGUUUCAAUCUGAAGCAAUCCCUCGAAUCCGCCGGUUCCAAGCUGUCCGAAGCCGACCGUAAAACGGUGCAGGAUCACUGUGACGAGACGCUGCGAUGGAUCGACGGCAACGGCAUGGCCGAGAAGGACGAGUACGAGCACAAAAUGCAGGAGCUUACGCGGGCCUGCAGUCCGAUCAUGACGAAGAUGCACCAGCAAUCGAGCGGGUUCGGUGGCCGUUCCGGACCUACGGUGGAAGAAGUCGACUAAAGUGCUAGACGCUACGCUAAACUAGACGAUGUUAAAUUAUCCCCAUGGAAAUGGGGGAAACAUUCACUGUACAGUAUGCGUGAUAAGUAGACUUAAGAUAGAGUGUAAGCGAUUACGAAUAAGUAUGUAGUGCAUCACCAAAGAAGAGAAGCAACUAUCAAACGACUGAAAUAUAAAUAUAUGUUGCAUUUCAAUCGAAACCAAUUAUUGCUAUUUUAUUGUUAAACAAGUUGAGAAAGUAAUCCAAAUCGCUUAUUAUCAUGGACAAUUAAACAGCCAAAAAUAUA